GAGAGAGAGAGAGAGAGAGAGAGUCAGAAGGUAGACCAUGUGAGAGAGGAAAUAGAGGGGAGACCUACAGCCCAAUAGUCUAAAAUGGUUUCCUCUCCUCCCCAUCUUCACUCGUCUGAAGAACACUUCCUGUCUGCCGCUGUCGUGACCCCCUGUUAGCCAUCUUUAUUAGCUCAUAACUUCACAGAAUCUGACAGCAUGUUCUUUUUGGCUAGGUAUGAGCAGUCAGUCAGUGGUCUGGCUGGGUAUGAGCAGUCAGUCAGUGGUCUGGCUGGGUAUGAGCAGUCAGUAGGUGGUCUGGCUGGGUAUGAGCAGUCAGUCUGGCUAGGUAUGAGCAGUCAGUCUGGCUAGGUAUGAGCAGUCAGUCUGGCUAGGUAUGAGCAGUCAGUCUGGCUAGGUAUGAGCAGUCAGUCUGGUCUGGCUGGGUAUGAGCAGUCAGUCGGUGGUCUGGCUGGGUAUGAGCAGUCAGUCGGUGGUCUGGCUAGGUAUGAGCAGUCAGUCUGGCUAGGUAUGAGCAGUCAGUCUGGCUAGGUAUGAGCAGUCAGUCGGUGGUCUGGCUGGGUAUGAGCAGUCAGUAGGUGGUCUGGCUGGGUAUGAGCAGUCAGUCAGUGGCUAGGUAUGAGCAGUCAGUAGGUGGUCUGGAUGGGUAUGAGCAGUCAGUCGGUCUGGCUCGGUAUGAGCAGUCAGUAGGUGAUCUGGCUAGGUAUGAGCAGUCAGUCGGUUGUCUGGCUGGGUAUGAGCAGUCAGUCAGUGGUCUGGCUCGGUAUGAGCAGUCAGUCGGUGGUCUGGCUAGAUAUGAGCAGUCAGUCAGUGGCUAGGUAUGAGCAGUCAGUCGGUGGUCUGACUGGGUAUGAGCAGUAAGUCGGUGGUCUGGCUAGGUAUGAGCAGUCAGUAGGUGGUCUGGCUGGGUAUGAGCAGUCAGUAGGUGGUCUGGCUGGGUAUGAGCAGUCAGUAGGUGGUCUGGCUGGGUAUGAGCAGUCAGUAGGUGGUCUGGCUAGGUAUGAGCAGUCAGUAGGUGGUCUGGCUAGGUAUGAGCAGUCAGUCGGUGGUCUGGCUAGGUAUGAGCAGUCAGUCGGUGGCUAGGUAUGAGCAGUCAGUCGGUUGUCUGGCUGGGUAUGAGCAGUCAGUCAGUGGCUAGGUAUGAGCAGUCAGUCAGUAGGUGGUCUGGCUGGGUACGAGCAGUCAGUAUGUGGUCUGGCUGGGUAUGAGCAGUCAGUAGGUGGUCUGGCUAGGUAUGAGCAGUCAGUAGGUGGUCUGGCUGGGUAUGAGCAGUCAGUAGGUGGUCUGGCUAGGUAUGAGCAGUCAGUCGGUGGUCUGGCUAGGUAUGUGCAGUCAGUCAGUGGUCUGGCUGGGUAUGAGCAGUCAGUCGGUGGUCUGGCUAGGUAUGAGCAGUCAGUCGGUGGUCUGGCUAGGUAUGAGCAGUCAGUCAGUGCCUAGGUAUGAGCAGUCAGUCAGUGGCUAGGUAUGAGCAGUCAGUCGGUGGUCUGGCUGGGUAUGAGCAGUCAGUCAGUGGCUAGGUAUGAACAGUCAGUCAGUAGGUGGUCUGGCUGGGUAUGAGCAGUCAGUCAGUGGUCUGGCUAGGUAUGAGCAGUCAGUAGGUGGUCUGGCUAGGGAUGAGCAUUCCGUAGGUGGUCUUGCUGGGUAUGAGCAGUCAGUCAGUGGCUGGGUAUGAGCAGCCAGUCGGUGGUCUGGCUAGGUAUGAGCAGUCAGUCGGUGGUCUGGCUGGGUAUGAGCAGUCAGUAGGUGGUCUGUCUAGGGAUGAGCAGUCAGUCUGUGGUCUGGCUGGGUAUGAGCAGUCAGUAGGUGGUCUGGCUGGUUAUGAGCAGUCAGUCGGGGGUCUGGCUGGGUAUGAGCAGUCAGUCAGUGGCUAGAUAUGAGCAGUCAGUAGGUGGUCUGGCUGGGUAUGAGCAGUCAGUAGGAGGUCUGGCUGGGUAUGAGCAGUCAGUAGGUGGUCUGGCUAGGUAUGAGCAGUCAGUAGGUGUAGUAGAGAAGCAUCUACCUUUUCUGUUUGGUGGUGGACUAAUGAAACCAGUUGAGUGUCUUAUUGACUCUGUGUGGACUGUGGAAUGUUGCCUUGUUCAGUUGCAGUGAUCUAAUGUGUUGUUCUUCUCUUCUCCUUCCCCCUUAUGCUGUGACCUCCCGACCUCCUGUGGUGCAUUCUGGGUAAUAGCUCCAGGAGACGGUGAAGAGGAAACUGGACAGCGCACGCUCGCCCCUCAAUGGUGACCAGAACGGGAUCUGCGACGGGAGCUAUUCCCCGACCACCAAGAGGUUACGAAAAGACGGACCAGGAUCGGGCGGACUGGACUCUCUCCCGGGCCUCCCCAACAACAACGCCCCCCCCAUUUCCCCGCUCCACCAGAUGGACAUCAAGCCCUUACUGGGAGUCACCGGCAAUCCCAACAACCCCAGCGUCAACAACAACAACAACGUGAAUGUCAACAACUGUAACUCCGGUCCCGGCAGCAAUGGUAGCCAUGGCAACCACGCUGGCAGCGGCUUGGGCUCAGGUCGCCCGGCUGACGUCAAGCUCAACGGUUCCUUAGACCUGGAGGACGGCUUCGGACUCCUCAAAGACCUGAAACAGGAGCCGCUCGACGACGGGGGAGGGAUUGAGUCGUCGGACACGUCCUUGUCCAAUCAGAACAAGCUGUUUUCGGACAUCAACCUGAAUGACCAGGAGUGGCAGGAGCUGAUUGAUGAGCUGGCCAAUACGGUGCCGGAAGACGACAUGCAGGACCUCUUCAAUGAAGACUUUGAGGAGAAGAAGGAAGCAGAGUUUACCAGGCCGGCCAAUCAGACCCCGGUACCGCAGGACCCGCCUCCCAUGGCCACUGUGGCUCAUCAACAGACGAACCAAGCGCAGGGGGCGGCACAAGUCCCCAUGGGUUCCCCACAGGUCCGGCCGUCGUCUUCGGGCCCUCAGUUUGCCACCGCCGCCAACGGGACACCGCCCCAGCAGCCUUUGCAGCAGUCCCCACAGGUCGCCAUGGCCUCAGGCUCCCCUCUCCCCAACUGUGUGGCCCGGUCGCCGCAGACGCCCACCCAGGCCCAGACGCAGGCCGGCCCCAGACAAGGGAAUGGAUUUAUGAUGAACCCAGGCCAAGGUGUGGGCCAGACGGGAACAGGAUCCAAUGGCCCUGGAGUCCCCACUGGAAUCCAAGGGCCUGGGUCGGUGACCUCUGAACUGUCGCCUGCUGAGCAACUGAAAGCGAUGGCGGCACAGCAGCGCGCUAAGCUAAUGCAGCAGCAGAAACAACAGCAACAACAGCAGCAGGCUAACUGGUCCCCAGCCGGAGCUCCAACCAGCCCCUACGCCUCUGCUCCUUUCAACCAGCAGGACAAGCCCAACAGCCCGAUGAUGUACCCACCUCAAGCCUUCAACCAGCAGGACAAGCCCAACAGCCCGAUGAUGUACCCAUCUCAAGCCUUCAACCCUGGCCAACAGGGCCCCCUGGUGGCUGGGAUGACCUCGAGCAACAGCCCCAAAGCUCCCAUGAACAACUACCUCCCUCAGAACCCCCACAACCACAUGGGCAUGAUAAGUCAACAACAACAACAACAGACAAACAACAUGGGCGCCCAACAGAACACCCUCUCUAAACAACAACAACAACAACAACAACAACUACAACAACAGCAAACGGCAGCCAUGUUGUCCUACAACAACACAAAGCCGCUGAGUCACUUCAGCACGAUGGGGGUCGAUCACAUGGGGCAGAGGAUGACCCCGCCCAUGGGAUCACAGGUCAAGAACCCCAUGAUGCCCCCAUACAUGCAGCAGGGAGGGGUGCAGGGGGCGGGGCCGGGCCAGACCCAGGGACCAAUCCCGGGCCAGACGGCUCACCUCAGCGAGGAGCAGAAGAGGAUGCUGCUGAUGAAGCAGAAGGUGCUGAACCAGAGCAUGCCCUACAGCGCCAUGCAGCCCCACGGACAGGAACAAGGUGUGGUGGGAAUGUCGCGGCAGCCCGGUGCCGUCCCACCCCCUCACCCUGCCGGGGGUGUGGCCUCGGGCGCGGGGCCCAAUCAGGGUGCAGGGGCCCCUCCCGGUUACCUGGGCAACCAGCAGCAGGCGGCCAUUAUGAAACAGAUGAUGGUGAUGGAGCAGGAGAAGAGAGUUCAGCUCCACAUGAUGGAACAACAGAAACAACAGCUACUGAGAGAACAGAGACAGCAGCAACAACAGAUACUAUUGGCUGAACAG